AUGACGGAAGCUGGCUCCAACUCUCCAUAUAACGUUGAAUAUGAAGACGAGACUCUUUUUAUAGAUUCAAGUGAUUGGCGGAGCAGUCGGUUGUUGAAGGGUCAAAUCAGUUGCAGUUUCUUUCUCUUUACACUCUUUGGACUUGCCGAACAAACAGUUGGUGCUAUAAUCCCCAAGUUACAAGAGCAAUACCAUGUGAAUGACAUUUAUAUCAGUCUUAUCUAUUUCAGUGGGACCCUUGGAUACUUCACUAUGGCACUUUGCAACGGUUAUCUCCAUAAGAACUUUGGCAUCAGAGGAGUCACGGCUCUUGGACUUUGUUGUAUGACGAUUUCAUACUUCAUUAUAUCCACCGUGCCACCGUUUGCCAUCUUUGUAUUCUGUUAUUUCUUCAGUGGGUUGGGGUUUGGAGCAAUGGAUGCUGGAUUAAAUACUUGGAUGGGGAAUUUGGUAGAUAGUAACCCAUUGAUGGGGAUAUUACAUGGAUGUUAUGGGUUAGGGUCGAUGAUUCUGCCUUCUUUGAUAACUCAUUUGCUUGAACGGAAGAUGAACCCCUGGCAGUGGUAUGACUAUUAUGUUGCGUUGAUGGCCUUGUCUGGUUUAUGUUUAACAGCAGCACUCAUGUUGUUCAGAUAUGAGACUCCGAAAAAGUAUAAGUAUAUGGUGAUAACCAAGUCAAAACUUGAUGAUAAUGAUAUUGCCAUGGAUACAGCUAAGGAUGACGAUGUGACUAUCGUUACAGACCUCACUAGUAAUACUGCUGAACUUGAUGUCGAUGAUUCUCGUGAAGUGUCGAUAGCUCAAGUAUUAGCUAAGCCAAUGGUAUGGAUAUUCGCUACAGUUCUUGCCAUGUACGUGGGAGGAGAAGUGGCGUUUGGACAAUGGCUUCUUACAUAUUUGAUGAGAAUUAAGCAGACUCCCUAUAAAAAGUGUUCCCAUAUAGUGACCUCCUUCUGGAGUGGUCUUACUGUGGGUAGAGUAGUUCUAGGGUGGGUCACAGGCCAUUACUUUACUACUGAAUUAGUGGCCAACAUGGUAUAUAUCACAUGCUCCUUUGGAGGAUAUAUAUUGAUUUGGUGGAUACUAUUUGCCACUGACUAUAUCAAUAUCUUAUUCCCCUUGGUGUUCAUUACCGGAGUGGUGGUGGGACCUAUUUUCCCCACCACGGUGAUGACUGCUAUUCGCUUGGUUCCUAAACGGGAAGAGGUGGCAUCUAUCGGGUUUAUCACUGCUGCUGGAGGUUCAGGCGCUGCUAUGUUUUGUAGUCUUAUUGGUGCUGUUGCUGAAACCAGUAGUAUCUCACUGUUCCCAUUGAUUAUCAUGGUGAUUUUUGGUGUGAUAACUGUCGCAUGGUUCUUUAUAUAUGAAAAGUAUAAGAGUGUAUUUGGAAAGACCAGAUUAUAG